CUUUCCCCAGUACAGACUGAGAGAGAAAACAUCAGACAUAAAAUGGCCGAGACCAACCCACUCUCCAUGCGCAUGGGAUCCUGGAAGAUCACAGUCUAUGACCAGGAGAACUUCCAAGGAAAGAGGAUGGAAUUCUCUUCCUCCUGCCCCAACAUCAUGGAAUGUGGCUUUGACAACAUAAGGUCCCUGAAGGUGGAGUGCGGAGCAUGGGUAGGUUAUGAGCACACAAGCUUCUGUGGCCAGCAGUUUAUCCUGGAAAGAGGAGAAUACCCUAGGUGGGAUGCCUGGAGUGGCAGCAAUGCUUAUCAUGUGGAACGCAUGAUGUCCUUCCGCCCAAUCUGUUGUGCUAACCAAAAGGAAUCCAAGCUGAUGGUCUUUGAGAAAGAGAAUUUCAUUGGACGCAAGUGGGACAUGUGUGAUGACUAUCCCUCUCUGCAGGCUAUGGGAUGGUUCAACAAUGAGGUUGGAUCCAUGAAAGUAAUGUGUGGAGCCUGGGUUGGCUACCAGUAUCCUGGUUAUCGUGGUUACCAGUACAUUAUGGAGUGCGACCACCAUGGAGGUGAAUACAAGCACUGGAGAGAGUGGGGAUCCCAUGCCCAGACCUGCCAGAUCCAGUCUAUCCGACGCAUUCAACAGUAAAGGCCUGACAUGUUGACAAGGGGUCUCCACCCAAAGGCUCACUAUGGUGCUACCAACCUCUUUUAAUGCUAACUGUAGAAACAACAAUCUUGUACUGUAAAUUCAUGUUGGGAAGACGACUUCUUAAUCGUACCAGCAGCUCCGAUGAAAAAUAAAUGUCAUUCCAAUAUGAAA